AUAAAUACUGUAGCAUUUUAGCAACUUAUGCCUUCUUUGGUGUUGCAGGUGAAACUACAAUUAACAUGCAUGUCAUUUGUGGCCCUUGUACAUCAUAUCCAUUUAAUUAUUGCAUGAUGUGUAUGCAAAAUGUGAUGCACAGAGAUAUAUGAAUAUUAUGUGAACAAUUUCAUCACAAUUAAUAUGCAUGUCAACUCACCUAUUGCAUACAUGAGCAUUCUUAUUAGAUCAAUAAAAAGACAGCUCUAACAGAAGAACUAAUUAAGUGUGUUACUUACAUAAGACAGGGUUAUAAUAUAAAACCAAUCAAAGCUCAUUUGAUUCUACUUUUUCUAUGAAAGGGGGUUUAUCUAUUCCUCUCUUGAAACCUCUCUGCUGCUAUAUUCAAUUAAACUUAGCACUUGAAGUCCGUCGACCGCUUCAUUGUAAAGUAGCGGCACAAAAAUACAAGCUUGCCAGCCCACCUUCAUUAGCUAUCACAAGCAUAGUUUGACAUCUGCUUCCAUCCCUUCAGAUAAACACCAACUAGCUCUGUCGUUUAUAGCAAUUGGGAAAGGAUGACGUGAUAUCUAAAGAGAUAUACAUAGCUAGCACGGAGCUUCAUAGAGUAACGACAGCGCUACUGAAAAUGGAUGCAUAUCUAAAAUGCUAAGGACAUCUGUCUCACAGCUAGCUCCAUUGUUACUGCAUGCGACCCCCGUGUCUUCCAACUUUUCUCUGUCCUUGCCGCAUGCUGCCACAUCAUAAGCCACUUGCCCCACUUUGGCCGCAAUCACUCUUUAUAACAAAGUCCUUGAGCCCUGGUUUCAAGCACCUCCCUCUCAGGGUUUAGGGUUGUGAAGUUUCACUAGCUCCUAGGGCAGCGAAACGGUCCUGCUUUUUUCUUUGAGUAGCUUCCUCAGAAAACAAGGUCACUAUGAGAGGCAAAUUUCUGGGGGAUGAGGAUCCUACUGAUGGCAAUCUUGCUGGCAUAGCUUUCGGUGAUGUAUGGCAAAGCGUUCGAGGUCCAAUCAUGGUUCCUGCCCUGCAAACGGCAGUGUAUGUGUGCGCUCUCAUGUCAAUCAUCCUAUUUUUGGGACGGCUUUAUCUGGCAUGUGUGCUCUUCUAUGUGAAGAUUAUGAGAGGGAAGAAGUACACCAAGUACAAGGUGGAGGCAGUGAUGGCUGAACUUCAGCGUGUCAAGGAACACCCGAAGGUCUUAGUUCAGAUCCCCAUGUACAAUGAGAAAGAGGUUUACCGCUUGUCAAUUGGAGCAAUAUGUUCACUUUCAUGGCCAGUUGAUAGAUUCGUAGUUCAAGUUCUGGAUGAUUCAACAGACCGUACAACUAGGGAGGUUGUGGAGUUGGAGUGCAGGAAAUGGGAAAACAAGGGCAUCGAUAUCAAGUAUGAGUCUAGGAAUAAUAGAAAUGGUUACAAGGCUGGAGCUCUUCGGGAUGGCUUAAGGAGACAUUAUGCCGACCAAUGUGAAUUUGUGGCAAUAUUUGAUGCUGAUUUCCAACCCGAUCCAGACUUUUUAGAGAGGACUAUACCUUAUCUGCUAUUUAAUCCAAAACUUGCUUUGGUCCAAGCUAGAUGGAAAUUCGUGAAUGCAGAUGAAUGCCUGAUGACUCGGCUACAGGAGAUGUCCUUGGACUAUCAUUUCAGUGUGGAGCAGGAGGUUGGUUCUUCAACGCAUUCGUUUUUUGGGUUCAAUGGGACUGCUGGAGUGUGGAGAAUGGAUGCCCUCAGAGAUGCAGGAGGAUGGAAAGAUCGUACAACAGUGGAAGACAUGGACCUGGCAGUAAGAGCAAGUCUGAGGGGUUGGGAGUUUCUCUACUUGGGAGACUUAACAGUGAAGAAUGAACUUCCAAGUACAUAUAAAGCAUACCGUUACCAACAACACAGAUGGUCUUGUGGGCCUGCUAAUCUGUUCAGAAAGAUGUUUAUGGAGAUACUGUACAGUGAGAGAGUAACAAGGUGGAAAAAGUUCCAUGUGCUAUAUGACUUCUUCUUUGUGAGGAAGAUACUUGCACAUUUCGUCACCUUCUUCUUCUACUGCGUGGUAAUUCCCCUGUGCGUUUUAUAUCCAGAAGUCCAUCUUCCCAAAUAUGUUGCAAUCUAUUUACCAGCCACCAUCACCAUUCUCAAUGCUAUUUCCACCCCAAGGUCAUCACAUCUGCUUAUUUUCUGGAUCCUCUUUGAGAACGCGAUGUCAGUGCAUCGGGCAAAGGCAGCAAUCAUAGGGUUACUCGAGGCAGAUCGUGCCCAUGAAUGGGUUGUCACAGAGAAGUUGGGCAAUAGUGCAAAGCAGAAGAAUAUAGUUAAAUCAACGAGGAAGCCACGCUCUGGUAUUAGAGAAAGAUUCCAUGUUUUGGAGUUGAUCGUGGGGCUAUUCCUCCUCUACAGUGCCAUCUAUGAUAUGAUCCAUGGUCAAUAUCACCUCUACAUCUAUCUGUUCCUUCAAGCCGGAGCUUUCUUCAUCAUGGGAUUUGGCUACAUUGGAACAGUCACAAACAACUGAGGAACAUCUGGAGUACAUGUAUUUCCAGAGAUAUACCACCAAAGUAGGAAUAAUAUGCUUGCACUAGAAAGCAUAGAAUAAGGUGGAAAAUCUAUUACUAGUUAUGCUUUUACCAGUUAGUCUUUUACCAGUUAGUAAGUACUAGGGGUGAGUCUAGGAAGUAAAGCAAAAUUAUGAUGUUCGUAAGGUCUUCCAGUUUUAUAAAGUGUGUAAGGUAAUGCUUGUCAAGGAUGUUGCUAUAUCAAUGGAAAUAAAUAAUAUCCUUUUUCUAGUAGACAUGAUCUUGAGCAAUUACAUGUUUCUAUAGCUACCAUUACAUACUAACA